ACCGAGAGCGAUGACGCCAGGUUUUGUUCCUGGAGCGCGCGACUGAUGGCGAUCAUCAUCAAUCACCUCAUCAGCAGCUCACCUUCAUCACCAUAAAGCGGUUUUCAGGUGUUCGCGUGAAGAUCCAACAAGAUGGGGUUGCCAAAGUUUAUGUGUUGUUCGUUUAGUAAUGUUUGUGCCUCAUAGCCGGGUUUUGUGCGAAAUCAUCUCUCAACCCGGUGUGUGUUCAUCCCGCUCGAUGGUUAACAGCACGUUGUUUCUUUUUUGUUGAUUGUAAAUCAAUGUUGCGAUCUUCGAUCUUCAUCAGAUCAAAGUGUACAAUUGUAAAUAUAAUUUAUGAUAUUGGUUGCGGUGGGAAGUUUAGUUAAUCAGUAAGAGGCAAGUUAACGACAACAUUACCUCAUAUGUAGGUGCUGAAUUUGUCGGCUCUUGCGAAUUCAUUAGUGUAAGUGGUCUUAAAACUUAAAGAUCAUCUCACGUUCGCAUGAAUGAAUGGAUAUGACGUGAUCUGGAUGUUUGUCCAUGUGUAUCGUUAAGUGUAUUUUUAAUGCAAUGAAACAUGGCCUGUUGAUGAAUCGUAGUGAAAAAGUAAGUGCCCAAGUGAAGCACAUUUAUAAAAUUAACACAAAGUGAGAUUUCUUCUGGUGGCUGUCUGAAGCGGUGUUCUCUUCAUCGCGCAGUGUUGAUAUGCAAAAAUGCCGUUUGUGCAACGAGUAGUGACCCCUAAGUAUGUCGCCCGGUCGACGAAACCGUCACACUCACGUGGCGCCACACCACUUCCAGUGCAGGACUACGAGCUGGAAGCGAUCACCAAUCUCACCCUCAGCAAUGCCCUCCGGCAGCUGGCAUCGCUGGUUCUCAUCUCGAACCAGAUUUUCACCGAGCUCAACAAGGAACUGGCCAGUGUAAGCGAACGAUCGCUCGGGAUAAAACAACGGAUCGACAAUCUUUCGAAACGAGUGGAGGAAUUCGACCCGAAGCAAGUCACAGUCCCUGAAAGUGAUCUGGUGUCGUUUGCUCUGAUAAAAAAUCACUACAGUACAAAGUACACUAUCGAAACCAGCCUUUUCACUGCCGAAACGAGGUCCGAAACCCUCCAGGAGCUGUACGAUGCCGCCGCCAGGACCCCGGUUCCAGCCAUCGCCGAGAUGGAUCGACUCGCAGGCUACAGCGCCAACGAACGACGUGGCUCGGAUGCCUUCCUAUGUACCCCGGUUCUCGGUCUGGCUCGACGGAAACUCAAGUCCACAAUUGACAUGGAAAUCGAAACGAGAUUGCCUUCCGCGAUUGAAGACUUGAGAAAAUGGACUUCGACUGAAGCCAUUGGUGAUACCACAGUUCCUCCGGAUUGUACCGUCCGAGUGCUGGGCAAUAGUUCGUCCACGGCAGGUAUCUUCGGCCACGUUUCAACCCACAAUACCUCCCCGACAUACCAUCAAGCUGGAACCAGUACGGCUUCCUUCGACGAAACCGAUGACAUCAUUAUAGUCGAGGGCAACAGCUCUCGGGGACUCCUUGGAACCCGGGAUCAGGGCGUUCCGCUGGACCACAGGUUACCUUCGCCGGAGGAACAGUGCCAGAUGAUUGCGCUGAAAUUCCCUGCGGAAACCAUAAAAGUCGAUACUUCUGGACGAAGGUUCGAUCGAAUGUGUACCACAAGAAAGUCGCUUUUGCAUUUCGCGCCCACUUCGGAACGCGCGGAAACCAGUGGUGAUACAGCUGGUGGAACCAAUCAGCAAAUCGAUGGCGCCGACGGAGAUACGAUACGACGACGAUCAAGACCACGACGAUCAAGAGGCAAACGACGAAAUACGAUCGCCACAACCGAUCAGAAGGAAUUUGCGGAAGUGGUCAAUAAUGGAGACGAAGCCAUUACUUCUUCCGCUAUCUCUACUAACCUGGUGCCACGAAGCAAAUCGAGUGACAUUCUCAAGAAAGAAUCCCCCUCAUCGGCGUCCUCUUCGUCGGCCACCACGAUGGACAUUUCUAGCAAGCAUCAGAGCUCCUUCAGUAAACUCUCUCACUUCAAUUCCCUCAAGCAAUGGGGCCGCAACCGACUUCGGAUGAUCAAUAACCGUGACUCAAGGGAAAAAGUACAAGACAUUGAUGACUUCAAUAUCUAUGAUACGACAAGAAACAGUAAACGCAAGAGCUCUGACAAGGAGGUCAAACUUUCGCACGAACGAAAGCCUUCGUAUUCUUCGUCAGAGAGAAGCAUAACUGUCGCUUCCAACACCGGCAUAUCGGCUUCGAUUAAUCCAGUAAAACUGCGAGAAUCGUCGUCAAUUCGUCGACAGCGAAGGACAGCACUCGGUAACAAAGACGAACCUCAUUCAUCCAGCGGUAAUUGGAGUGCUAGUUCAGAGUCGGGUAGAACCUCAAUAGGAAGUGAAAUCACAACCACUACGCAGCCUAAAUCAAGUGCCUCUAGCUCAUCUCUCAACCACAAUCAUCAUACAAUAUCCAGCGGACCACCAAGUUCGAUAAUAAGCCGAAGGCGAUUCCUUAACACUUCCGCAUCGAGCAGCGUAACCAGCGAAGGUACUGCAACACCUGAUUUACAAAUGUACGACUACCACGAUGAGGGAGGAGAAACUAGUUCAGUGUAUUCAUGUGACACUGAAGGAUACUACACAUCAUUCCACGUUGAUUCUGGAUUGAAAACCCUGAAAGAAGAAGAACCUGCCACUCCUAUGCACUCUUCUACGGCAUUGUCCAGUACAACUUCAUUUGAAAGUUCUGGCAAUCAAACGGUGAUAUCACCGGAAAAUGAAUACGAACUGUUUGGACGUGGAUCUACGUCUACGACAACUAGUUCGGCCGGCACAAUUUGCACUGUGCUUGCAGAUGGUCAGAGAAAUUCGAUCAAUGGACCAGCUGUUCCGGAAAGAAAAAGCUCUUUGACUAAAUUGAACCGUAGCAAUAGUACAGCCAGUAACGGCACUUUAGAACGCAGUUAUUCUAGUAGCACUGUAGGUAGUACGCUUGAACGUACCGGUACUAUCAAACGAAAUGGGCAGCUAUUGCAGAAAGAAGUUGCCGCACUGAUCCAUCAAGAAGAGGAGGCUAAGAAAACAAGAAUCGAAUCGCCGGACAGUGGCAAUAACACAAGUUCCUCACCAAUCGAGUCAAAUGAAAAUUCCAGUCCCACCCAAAGAGUGAGAAGUUGCUCUGAAUUUGAGUACUCGGAAUCUUCCGAUUUGGAAUGCGUCGAUCGUAUCGAAAGAAUACGCGAAAAGACAACAAUCAACACCAGCCGCAUUCCAUCUAUGUGCAUCAUAACCCCCACGAACAGUGACGACGAAAAUGGUUCCCUUAAACGAAAGAAAGAAAAAAGUACCGAUACACCUCACAACGAAUCAGUCGAUUCUAAAAGAGACUCUAGCUUCAAAAAGAACACACUAAUUCCACUCAAUAACAUGUUUGGCCGAUUAAGAGGGGUGCUGAAAAAAUCACCCAGCAAGGAUUCCAACAUGACGGAAAAUGUAAACAAUGAACCAAUUUACGAUGUUACUGGCGAGUACGUUCGAAUUGCUGAGGUAAAGAGCGCCAAGAAAGGUCCUGCAAGAGGUGGAGUGUACUACUCAAACGAUGUGGUAAAACGCAAUUUGGCGACGGUGCUUUCCGGAAAGUUGAAUGAUGAAACAGAAUACGUUUCACUGAAUGAACUGCCCUGUAACAUACGGUGCGAAAGCAAUCUCCUAUCAAACAGUCAAAAAACUCCUGACGGAAGCGGAAAAGCGAAUACUUCGUCCGCGGAAGGCGAAACAGAAGAAAACAAAGGGGAAAAUGCCGAAUGUGCCAACAAGAGGGGUGCACGCGUGAAAUUGGAUGCGCACGGCAAGGUCAUCUACAGUUCGGACAGUCUGAAGAGGAGAAAAGGUGCGCACACGACCUUUGCGCCGGGUCCAUUUGUGAAAGAUGUAAAUACACCCUCUUCCACCGGCGAUUCUGGCGUCGCCGUAGUAUCAGUGUCAAACAACAUUCCUCAUUCGAGCAGUACAAACGUACCAGCAGUCGCAGCAUCCGCGGAAGAAAUUAGCAAAAAUGUCGCUGCAUCUCCAUUACUGAGUGGUGGUUUGGCUAAUCGAAAACCAAUUGUUGUAAAACCAGUGAUAUCGCAGUCGGCAUUGAAAACUAAAGCAAUAACCAUCGGUAAAAGUAAACCCAGUGGCUUACGUAUGGCCCCAAUUGCCACCAUUCUACCAAACAUCAGCAGUAUCAGCCAACAGCAGAAAGUAAAUUCAUCACAGCAACCACAGCAGCAACCCAUCAUGUCGUCCGGAAUAUUGAAAGGUGCUUACGUUAAUGUUCAGGAUGCGACUAAUAAACCGCAGAUUGCUAUUGAUCAUCAAUCGGCUCGCUACUUGAAGCCGCAACAAUCAGAUUAUCAACAUUCGUCCCCUGAAGGGUACGAUGGAUAUUACGGUGAACAACAGCAUCACGCUUAUACUCUCCCAAGGCGUCCACCGUCUACAUCUACAUUUGGACAGGCAGCUCCUCCAGCACAGGCGAUGCCUCCAGCUCGUCCACCUUAUCCUGUUGGAUAUGUGGCAAACACGAAUCCGUUUCAACGCAGCAAUGAUAUGUAUUGGACGCUGCAAACUCGCAGAAGACCCACGCCUAUGGGUUCCGCCAUUGUAAGAGAUGACUCGAAGGUCCUUUUGCCCAAUGGAAGGCCAAUGGAAGAGCUGUACUCUACCCCCAAUAAACUACGAACAAAUGAACUAAAAACUACACCGACUGGGUUUGCUAACUAUUUUUCUCCAAUUGCCAAAACUAAUACCGGGAUAGAACUGAUUGAUGAUGUCGAUAGUAGUUUGAAGAUAUCGCCAAUUGAUCCACGCAAUACAGCUGCAUUUAAAACAUCAACGCCAUCGAAGCCCGUUGAAGAAUGUUCGUCGCCGACAAGAAAUAUGUUGUCGGAGGAACUGAGACACAAGCUGAGACUCCAGCAUGCUGGAAUACGUUCUCAUGGUAAUUCUCCUGUGAAUUCUGGUCGUUCAACACCAAAAAACGUUCUCGAAGCUCAACCACCGCGUGGUCGGCACAGCUGGGCCUCGAAUAGUACUGACAUUCCGCAGACCUGCUCGGAUCGUUUGGGUACACCCAAAACCAGUUUAAUGGAUUUCAAAAAGCUUCUUCUUGCACACGGUUCUAAAACCAAUUUAACGACCGGUGGUAAGAUAUCUGCCGUGGAACUGCUUAAAAAAUCAAAGUCUAAUCAGCCGCCUGCUCAAUCGGUGGCUCCUAGUAGUAAGCCAUCGGUUAACAACAGUAAUCUGAGCAUUUUGGAUUUAUCGGGGUCACCCAAAACAUUUGCCACUCGUCGUAUGAUUCGACAAGGCAAUUUCGGCAAUGGCUCACCUUCCAAAAUUGGCAGCGGCUCCAAGCUUGCAUCACGGGGAGGAUGGCGUUACGCGAACAUGAGAAGCGAAGUCAUGUCGACCUCCAUUCCCGAAGCUAACAGCGAAGAAGACAAUUCCAGUCCAAACACUUCGGCAUCAGCGAGUCGUUCGCAAUCGCAGUCUCGCAACUGUACACCUACAGCUAGCACUCACGAAGUUAAUGACCUAUCUCCGACUGAGGAACGAACUACGAACGAAAAUGUCAAUGUCACUGAAGAAAAAAUAUCCAACAUUCGGGAAAAUAUAUUCCUUCAAGAAGACGAAAAUAACUUCAUGAAGGGUGAGGUAUCCUCGAAACCAUUCGUUCCUGCCACAACCCGAGCUCAGCUGCAAGCCCAGCGAGCACAAUUCCUAAACAAUAAUAACCAUAUCAAGUCGGCUACCUUCCGCGAUGGACAUUACAUGGGGAUAAGCAACUUCGGACGUAACUUACAAACGACAAGCACUUCGCCAAAGCUAAUCAACGAAGUCAAUUACGGAAACGAUUCAGUAAAACACGAAAGACAUUCACCGAAACCAACAGAAACGGCCCUUUAAAACUCUCGUAAUGUAAAACCUUCAAAUUUUCGCGGCAAUCCAUAUACAAAAAGAUUUUCGUCCCUGCAUAACUACUCGCAUCGUCUAUAUUGUACUUCUACCCAAUCUAUAUGUUGGAUUAUUUGUCUACGUACAUUUUCCGUUCAGACUAAAGAAUAAAGUCGCAAACACCAGUGAAAUUGCAAUUUCCCACCGACAACUAGGGUUCAACAAAGCUUACAGCCAUCGCGGAAAACCAGUCUUACUAUUGAAAACGUCUAAACAAAAUGUAAUCUAUUCUAUCCGCAAAUGCCAAAAACCAAAACAAACAAUCUACUUCAGGUUGAACCGUUGAACUAUUGAGACCAACACUGUAGCGUUUAAAUAACGACUAGCUGAGAUAGUAGAGCUAACAAAAUGAUUUCGAUACAUUUCGGUUUCAAACUACCGCCCAUCUUUUCUAAGUCAAACAAUCAUUGUUCAACAUUUUUAGGUUUCAUAAGGGGUCAAAAUCAUUUUCUGAACGUCAUAUUUCUAACUCAAACUUUUAUCGAGAUAGAAUGAUUAUUGCGUGAAAAAAAUCGAAAAGACUAGUCCUGUGGCAAAAGUAUUGUGAGGUGUGAUAAAACAUGUUUCCACAAUCAUAUCGUCGUUAUUUUUCAAUUGGACUGAACAAUAGCGCGACACAUAACUCCAAAAUUAAGAAUUACAACUUGUGGAAUAUAUUAACAGAGCGAUUUAAUGCUAACAGAAAAAGGUGCCGAGUAAUGUAUGUAUUCACUCAAUAUUGCCUUUACCCAUUAGUCCUUUUGUAUGCCUUUUAUCGUCCUUUUUUUUUGUUGUUACAUUGUUCUUAGUAUAGUGUCACAUAUUUAUAGGCUAUUUAUUGAAAAAUUAUGCAAAAUUAUUAUUUGACAACAAAGACAAAAAAUCAACAGAGGUUAUGAGUUAUAUAUUGACGAUUUUACAAGCUCAUAUGGCUAUAUUUAUAUCGAAAAGUAUAUCUCCUACAAGCUUAGUAAAACAAGAAAAUAGUGAAAUAGAUUUCUAAACCCGUUAUCAUUAUGGCAGCUAGGAAAGUUUCAGUUCCAUCUAGAGGCUGCUCAGUUAAAACUCAAAUAAAAACCCUUCUCUUUUUCAUCAUAAACCUACAACUUCCCCAAAAAGAGGAAAAACAUCAGUAUGCUUUAGUACAUACAAAACGUAGUAUUUAUUACUCAGAUUGGAAAACAGUACCUAACAUGCUAGGAACUACUCAAUUGCAUUGAUACCCAAAAUUGUUUUCAUUUGACUUGUUUCCGUAUGAUAAAAUUAGUUGCAUUUUUAUAUGAGGUAAGCUUAAUUUAUUCAAAAUAUCGGAUAGAAUAUAACGUGAAGGCCCAUUAAAGCGAUAUGUUAUCAAUCAAUGAAACCAUA